CGUAUUCCUUUGGAUUUGGACUUUUUGGAGUUCACUUGCACCCAGGAGUUUGUUUUCUUGCAUGCUCUGUCUAGUCAGGUACCCAUAUCUGCAGAAAUAUUAAAUGCAUUAAUGGAAUUGCACACUCUGGUGAAUCAUGAAAAGGAAAGAAACAGAGCACAUGCUCGAGUAGUACAGUUUGAACAAGGACCAGCUGGGCGACAAAGAAUGGUGGUGUCCUCAGACCACCUCCUACAUCUACUUGAACUGAACUUGUCUGUGCCAUCUAUAGCCAAACUCAUGGGAAUCUCCAGGAGCACACUAUACAGGCGUAUGGGCGACUUUGGUGUCUCAGUGAGAUCACAGUACUGCACCUUGACAGAUGAAGAACUGGACCAAUGUGUGAGAGAGGUAAUAUCCAGGCAGCCUCACUCUGGAUAUAGAAUGGUGAAGGCUCUUCUGCAAGCCAGAGGACUGAGGGUGCAGUACGAGCGUGUGAGAGCCUCCAUGCACCGUGUCGACACCAAUGGAGUCAUAUCUCGAACACCUAACCUGGGCUGCAUCAAUCGCCGUACCUACUCUGUUCCAGGACCCCACUUCCUGAUGCAUAUUGAUACGAACCAUAAGUUGAUCCGGUAUAAUAUUGUCAUAUUUGGAGGGAUUGAUGGGUUUUCCCGUAAGAUUAUGUAUCUGGGUGCAUCCUCCAACAACCUUGCAUCCACAGCUCUGGCUUUCUUCAACAGAUCAGUUGACAAGUAUGGUUUUCCUCAAAGAGUUCGUGGUGAUCAGGGGGUGGAAAACGUGGAUAUUGCCCGUCUCAUGUUCACAGCCCGUGGAACAGGAAGGAGCAGCUUUAUUUCUGGGAAAAGUGUACACAACCAACGCAUAGAAAGGCUGUGGAGAGACCUAUGGGUGGCUGUAACAAGCAUCUAUUACGAUGUUCUCCACUACCUUGAAGAGGGCGGUUUUCUCAGCAUUGGGAGUCUUGUACAUCUCUUCUGUUGCCACUACGUGUUUCUGCCACGCCUACAGGAAGACCUGGACACCUUUCGAUGUGGUUGGGAUAACCACGCACUGAGAACUGAAGGCAACAUGACUCCAAACCAGCUGUGGGUUCUGGGUCAAACACACCACUCUAAUCCUGGACCAUAUCAUACAGAGGAUAUGGACCUGCCCCAUAUUGAAUGGGAAAACAGUGGGCUUCCUCAUGAUGAGCAUGCAGGCAUUGUGGUACCAGAUAUGUCCUCUCCUCUAACUGAUGAACAACUGACAGCUUUAAAGGAGGCUGUUAACCCAAUGGCAGCAUCACAAUCCUUUGGCUGUGAUAUUUAUAUGGCCGCUGUUCUUUACUGUGAGCAUUUGCUCGCUUUGUGAAUGAAUCUGUCAUAAAUAGCCUUUAAUUUUUUGUCAAAAAUGAGUGGACAUGUUAAAUGUUAAGUGUAUUGUGUGUAAGUAAGUUUAUUAUUAAAAGUUGUCCACAACAAUCAUAAAAAGGAUCCAAACGAACUGUUCUUCUGA